AGCUUCUUUAUAUUUUUAGUAGUUAUUAAAUUGCAGGUUUGAUAUGUGAAACAAUGCUCAUAAAUAUGGUUACAGUUUUCCCGAAAGUUUCAAAGUACCUAAGAAAUGAACGUUUAUUGACUUCAUUUCUGGUCAGUUUAUCGCAUCAGCAGAAUUUUUAUUGUGCAAAACCAACAAUUGCUUGCAAAUGGUGCCACAAAGCACCGAAGCUUCAAAGAAAAGCGCUAAGUUUCAAAUCACCGCAUGUACAAGUAGAUGUGUAUAGAACCCUGAAUUGCGACCAAGUUUCCGGCGAUCAUGUGGAUACUUUCCAAGUUUUCUCAGGCUGGGUUAAAUACAUCAGGAAUGUUGGCAAAUCAGACUUCGGGUUUUUGGUUCUAACCGAUCACACCGGAGAAUUGCAAUUUGUUUUCCGAAAAGAAAAUUCCGGUCUCGAAAAUAAAAGUUCACAUUCUAAUGAUUUUUGCUGGUCAAAGCUCACAAUUCAAAGUGCUGUAACUUUACGAGGACAAAUUAAAAAGCGUCCGCUCCAAGAUGUGAACUCUGAAAUGAAAACGGGCGCAUUCGAAGUUUCGGUAUCGGAAGUCUUGUUUUUCAACUAUGCCGCUCCAGUGCCAUUUAACAUACACAAGCCCCAGUCAUCAGUGAGAGAGGACAUACGUCUGCAGUAUAGAUACCUUGACUUACGAAGACCUGAAAUGCAGCAAAUGUUACGUCUUAGGUCUUCAACUAUUCAUAAAAUGAGAAGAAUUUUAGUCGAAGACUCUAGUUUCACUGAAGUCGAAACGCCUACAUUGUUUCGAAGCUCGCCAGGAGGUGCGAAAGAGUUCUUGGUUCCGUCUCAACAACCCGAACACUACUAUGCAUUAACACAAAGCCCUCAGCAGUUAAAACAAUUACUCAUGGUCGGAAUGGUAGACAGGUACUUUCAAUUUGCUCGUUGUUAUCGUGAUGAGUGCCAAUUUUCAGACCGUCAGUUAGAAUUCACGCAACUUGACUUGGAAGUAAGUUUCGAAUCCAAAGAAUUCAUACAAGGUUUAAUUGAGAAAUUAAUAGUUGAAACCUGGCCUGAAAAGUCUUGCGGUGAUAAGCCUAUAAUACCAUUCAAGCGAAUGUCAUACGAUGAAGUCUUUUGUCAGUAUGGAACCGAUAAACCUGAUUUGAGAUACCCGGAAGUUAAACUCACUGAAUUGCCGACGGAUAUCUUGAGGGGUCUGAAAAGCAAUGCCUUUGACCAGAAUCUAAGCAUAGGAUGUCCUGGUUAUGGGAUGUUGAUCAAAAACGGACAAAAAUUGACGCGGUCAGCAAUCAAUAAAAUUGUUCAGUCAGUUGAAAAAGAAGUCAGAUGGAUGGUGUCUCUAAUAAGUAUCGGAGAAAACGGUCGUUGGCAUCAUCAUUCGUUUCAAAAUGCUGAUGACGCGUUAGUAUCUCAGUUAAAUGAAUUUCUGAAGUGCGAAAAUGGCGAUAUAAUACUGCUGUCUGUUGGCCCAAAAGAUUUAGCAUGCACAAUGUUGGGAAGGCUAAGAGUGAGGCUUAUUGAAAAGCUGGCAGAUGUUUCUAAAAUCUAUCAACGUGAUCCGAAUGAUUUCAAGUUUCUCUGGGUUGAAGAUUUCCCAUUGUUUGAACAAAAUUCUGAUGAUCCUAACAAAUGGGUCGCAAGUCAUCAUCCAUUUACAGCACCCCAUCUAGAUGAUGUUCGGUUUUUGCGAUCGGACCCGGCAAAAGUUAGAGGUCAACAUUUCGAUUUAGUCUUAAAUGGAAAUGAAAUAGCCGGGGGAUCCAUGAGAAUCAGUGACUCGGAAGUGCAACGUUUAGUUCUGGAAGAUAUUCUGAAACUUGAUUGCAGUAAUUUUCAAUACUUGAUUGACGCGCUUUCUUUUGGCGCGCCUGUACACGGUGGAAUAGCGAUUGGACUUGAUCGAUAUUUCGCUGUUUUACUGGGCAAGAGUUCGAUCAGAGAUGUGAUCGCUUUUCCGAAAAGCAGCAAAACUGGAGCUUGUUUGAUGAGUGAUGCUCCUAGCAGAGUUGACCAAAACUAUCAGAGGGAGAGUUAAAUGUUGAUUUAUCAUGAAGUUGAAAAUAUUAGAACCAACGUGUAAAUUGAAACUAAUUAUAA